AGUGAAGGAGCCAAGGGAGGAGCGACUAUAAACUGCAGAAGUUAAAAUUUUCGACACUUCGUCGUGUUCGCCUCUCAUCGCAGGGUUUCUACAGACUUCUUCUUGAAGGAAACAGAUCCUUAUCAGCCAUGGCUGUAGAGGGGGGAAUGAAAUGUGUCAAGUUCCUGGUUUUCAUUUUCAACUUCAUUUUCUGGCUAUGUGGCCUAGCAUUGACUGUUGUGGGAAUCCUGGUUCAAGUGAGUUUUCACAAAACCUUGAUCAUCCGUGACGUGUCAGCCUCAGCAGCUCCCAUUGUUAUCAUUGUAAUCGGCUUGGUGAUUUUCUUCAUCGCCUUCUUUGGCUGCUGUGGUGCCUGGAAAGAGAACUACUGCAUGGUCACCACGUUUGCCGUUUGUCUCUCCCUGAUCAUUAUUGUUGAGAUUGCAGCAGUAAUCGUUGGAUACGUCUUCAGAAACAAACUGGCGACUGUCGUCGAGGAUAGUCUCGGCGACAUGAUUUCCGGUUACAAGAACGGCACAGCUGAAUUCAAAAAGUCCUUGGAUAAACUGCAGACGGAUAUGAAAUGCUGUGGGAUGAACAGUUCCUCUGACUGGAGAAGCUUUGGAAAUGAUGGAAACUCUGUGCCUGACUCAUGCUGUUUGACUCCCGUUGCUAACUGUGGAGUCGGGGCCAUGACGGACGCUGCCAAAGUGUACCAGAAGGGUUGUCAUGAUGCUUUGGUGGAUUUCCUGAAGAAAAACAUCCAGUGGGUGAUAAUUGCAGCGAUUGUUAUCGCUUUCCUGCAGUUAUUGGGCAUCGUGUUCUCCUGCAUGUUGAUGAGAGGCAUCCGCAGCGGCUACGAAGUCAUGUGAUUCAGCUUCACACCGGAGUAGGAGUUGUGUAUUCAGGUCGCAUUCAUCAGGAGCUUAAUUUGGAAACUUUUCAUAUGUUCAUCCUAUUCUUCAUAUACAAUACACAGAACAAUAGUUUCUUUAGUAUUGAUUUUGGUUUAUAGUUGCUUAGGUUAACAUGUCCCUGCUUUGAUACUGUAUGUAUUUAGGAAAUAAUAGACAUGAUUACUCUCCACUUUAAUGUAUGUUUUUGUUGGUUAACACUUUUUCUGUUUUUCUGUUUUGCUGUUUGCCAGUUUCAGUUUUUAUUAAAGACUCUUUAAAUUACAUCUGAAUCAUCUGAAGUGUAAAUACAAAUGGGAAAAUAAAUGCUCCAUAAAAGGGUUUUUAUUUCA